AGUAGAUUUACGAAGUCGAAAGCAUUCACACACCACUUUCGCGGUGCAGUAUGGCGGAGUCAGACUGGGAUACGGUCACAUUUUUGAGGAAGAAGCCUAUGAAUGCAGCAGCAGCUCGUUCUACGAAGGCCGUUACCUCAGCACAGAGGAAAGGUGAAGGUGUCGAUACGACAAAGAAAUUCUCUGCAGCCACAAAUAAACAAAAGACAGCAUCUAAAGACACAGCCAAACUGGACAGAGAAACAGAAGAGCUCCAUCACGAAAAGGUGUCAAUGGAUGUUGGGCGAGUUAUAAUGCGAGUUCGAAGUGAGAUGAAGAUGACUCAGAAGGAGUUAGCAACUAAAAUAAACGAAAAGCCACAAAUUGUGAACGACUACGAGGCUGGAAGAGCAAUUCCGAAUCAGCAAAUAAUGGGCAAGCUGGAGAGAGUCCUUGGUGUAAAAUUGAGGGGCAAAGACAUUGGUCAACCAUUGGCGGCUAAAGGAGGGAAGAAGUAACUUCUGUGGGGAAAGUGAACCAGACUGAGCAGACAGUGAUACAUGAUGAGAUUGUGUGUGUUUCAUGGCACUGACAAUUAGAACGACUAUAAUGCAUGUUCUAGAACGUGUAGUUGUACAGAUACCUAACAGAGAUAUAGAAAAAACGUCAGUUGCCAUGUGAUGUCGU